AUGGGAUGGUUUUGGGGCUCGAAUAGCAACGAUCCCGUCAAGCAGAUCGACCCUAGUCUGAGAGAAUACCUCGAGAAUGAAGCUCCAAAGAAAUACGUCCCUACGUCGCAGAGUCCUUCCCCUGCAGUAGAGAAAGAAGCUCAACCCGCAUCAUCCGAAGCCGUCGAAUCGUCCACUCCCUCUGCUCCCUCCGCAUCUCUCUUUCCCGAUGGCCGCUAUGCCCACCUCUGGAAAACGUACAAACCCCCUGUUGAGAAGGAAGCGUCGGAAGUGAAGGGGGCAGAGAGGGUGAUUGAAAUGUAUAAGCAACGUGGGGAUACAGUGCACCGUGCAGCCAUGGAGAAUUGUGCCCUGGAGCACGAAGCCUUGACCUUGUGCUUCCAAACGGGCACCUGGGCAAAACGAUUGCAGUCCCGGUUGACGUCGUGCUCGGAAGAGAAUGGAAAAUUCUCUCGGUGCUUUACUACGCAAGCUAAAUUUCUCCAAGCUUUGGGAUAUGCGUCAUCCUUCGAAUGGAAUGAAGAAAGAGAGGAGCGAAUUCAGAUGCAUGCCGAUAAACUUUACCAUGAGAUGCUAGAUUACGAGAAUCAAGUCGAGGAAGCUCGAGCAGCCGGACGUGAACCUCCCGCAUUAAUUUCUCUCUUCAACCCACAGGCCAGGCCAUUGCAGCCAACUGGCAACGCUGCUACAGAGUUGGAAAUCCCUGGAGGAGAGGCAAUUCCGGCCGGAUUUAGGCCAUCGAAAUCUCUAGAUCGAUUGACUCCCCACGAGCGAGAAUUGGAAAUUCGUGCACACAACGCACAGUUGGAACAGCAGAAGCUGUAUGUGGAGGAAGCAUCGCCCUUUAUGAAGUCACAGGAAGACGCACGAUCCAAACGCCGCGAGAAAGCUGUCAGCUGGUUUGGAGAGGCGAUAGGCAAGUGGGUUACAUAG